AUGAAAAUCCUCAUAAUUUUGUCAAGAUUUGUCUUUGGCUUAAUAUUUUAUGAUACCAACAUCUUCAAGGUUUCGAUGACUAUUUUAAUACUAUUUUUAUUAGCUAAUCUAAUUCAAUAACUAGUUAAAUAAUCUUUUCAGAUUCCUUUCCUGAAACUCAAAAAAUAAUUCUAACCCUUGAAAAAGUUGAUAUGUGGUAUACAAACGCAUAAUUUUUUUUGGAAGUUACAAAUAUUCAUCUUACAUGUAAAUAUAUAUAAUUUCAUCAAUUUAGAUUUUCAUCUAAAAAUUUCAUGUCCAAAUUAAAGAGUAUAUGCUUUAAGAGUUAAAUGGUAUGCUGUUUGUGGAAGGAGUUAUCAAGUGAUAAACUAUAUCAGUACAACCUCAAUUGACAAUAUGACUUUUCCACAUACAUUGAGUAAUGCAACAAAUGGAUUUGUAAGUUUAACAGGUUUUUAAUAUAGCGGCAAUUUUGAUUUUCUACUUAAAAAAAUAAUUUCCUAUGAUAAUAUUUUCAGAUUAGUGAAUUGACACGUCGGUUUCUGUUGAAAUCAAUUCAAUAGAUUUUACAUUCUAAAAUCUAAAUAAAAUUGGUUAUUAAGUUGUCAUAAUUGAAGAUUAUAUAAUUAAUCUAGGAUUAUAAAGUUCUCUUGGGUAAUAUACUAGUUAGCAAAUCUAAAUAUAAUCUGAAUCAAGGUUCAUUUUUAAUCUUUAAGGUCUUAACUAUUAUACCACAGAUAACAUCAGGCUCAACCUAACAUAUACACCUAUACUAAUGA